UCCGUGUGACGUCACUCGCCUCUCAGCAACAGGCGUCCUCCUUCCGACAGCGGAGAAUCAGAGAAAAACAACGAGGAUAAAUAAAUCAUCUUCAUAAUAUUCUUAUUAUUAAUCUUAUCGAGCACAUUAAACAUAUAAUAAAACACUCGUCGAUAUUCGUCAUCUGUCGACAGACCAAAACUCUGGCGGAAGGAAAGUUUGGGAAGGCCUCUGACGUCACAGUUUCGGGACUUGUUUUGUUUCACACAAGAAUGGCGUUAUUUUGAUUAACAUUUUGUUAAAUAACUUCACUAAACCAGUGAAAAGUCCUGUAUUAUAACUCCUGUUGACGUUUUCCGGAGCGACGCGAAGAUGAUGCCGAUGUUCUUGACGGUGUACCUCAGCAAUAAUGACCAGCACUUCAGCGAGGUGCCGAUCACUGCAGAGACGGUGUGUGCAGACGUGCUGCAGCUCUGCCGAGAGCCGGGAGAAAACAGCAGCUGCUAUCUGAGUGAAGUGUGGAGAGGAUCAGAGCGAGUGGUUGGUGAGAAUGAGAAGAUGAUGGAUCUGCUGUUGCAGUGGGGUCAGCAGCGGCCCGAGGUUCACUUCUUUCUGCGGCAUGGAAGAGCAGCCAGCCAACCCACAGACUCCAGGACUCAGAAGAGGAACGGUGUUAAGAAACCCGCAGACAGACGCCUGGAGAACGGGGUGAGCGGGCCGUGGAUGGACAUGACUCUAGCAGAGCUGCAGGAUAUGGCAUCUCGACAGCAGCAUCAGAUCGACUCUCAGCAGCAGCUGCUGGCCACAAAGGAGCAGCGUCUGCGUUACCUCCAGCAGCAGGAGCAGAGGCAGGCCCAGAGCUCCUCGGAGCAGAAGAAGCUCCAUCAGCUGCGGGAGACGCUGGAGCAGCAGGAGGCGCAGCUGAAGAUGGUGCGCGCCCUCAAGGGGCAGGUGGAGCAGAAGAGACUCAGCAACGGGAAACUGGUUGAGCAAGUGGAGCAGAUGAAUAAUCUCCUCCAUCAGAAGCAGAAGGAGCUGGUGGUGGCUGUUUCUAAAGUGGAGGAGCUGAGCAAACAGCUGGAGACGCUGAAGAGCGGACAGAUGGAUGCCAUGAACAGUAACCACAGCUCUGUGGCCGAGCUGGACCGACUCUACAGGGAGCUGCAGAUGCGGAAAAACCUGAACGUGGAGCAGAACGCUAAACUGCAGCAGCAGCGCGAGAACCUGAACAAGAGGAACCAGGAGGUGGCUAACAUGGACAAACGCGUCAGUGAGCUGCGAGAGCGCUUGUGGAAGAAGAAAGCUGCUCUACAACAGAAGGAGAACCUUCCUCUUCCUCCAGACGGCCAGGCGCCUCCGCAGACAGCCGGGUCCCGCGUGGCAGCGGUCGGCCCUUAUAUUCAGUCCUCCACGAUGCCCAGGGCUCCUGACAGACACGACCUGCCCAUCAAACGCAAUUACCCAGAAUGCACAGCGACCGCAGGACAGCAGGACAGGAGCGCUCAGCCUGGCGCAGGUCUGCACUCAGGAAAAGCGUCCUCAAGGCUGGUGAACUGGGCGAAUGCGAAAUCUGGCAAUAAUCAUGUGACAUCCAGCCUGCCACGCAUGGUGAGCCAGGCAUCGAAAAGCCAAGAUAACACAGACGUGCAAAAACGAGACCCGCGGGUGCGUCCUGUCUCCAUGUUUGAGUCCACUGAACUGCCUGCAGCCGCUCUGAGGAAAAACCAGAGCAGUGAAGACCUGGUGAGAGACGCACAGAGCACUGUGAAGACCACAGUCAAGGUUCCACCUCCAGUUCCAUCUAAACCUAAACAGGCCAACCUGCCAUCAGGAGGGCUGAUGGGAUACGGGAAGAACACCGGCACCUACCCCGGGAAAAGUGCAUCCCCGCAGCCGCCUGCUGGUCUCCAAUAUGGCACUCUACCCUCCAAACUGGAGGCUCCACCAGCGGCCACGGUGCACCCGUUCAGCCCCGAUCCCCCUGGAGCCAAAGACUCGGGUGGGCAGAUGCUGCUGAAGCCACAGACCGUGACCGCCAGCUCCAUCUACUCCAUGUACACACAGCAGCCCAGUGGUGGGAAAGCAGCACAGCAGAGCAUUCAGGGCGCGCUCAGUCGAGCACAGACUCGCACCGGACAGUUCAUCAGCGUUUACGGUAAGCCAGUGACAUCCUCAGGCCAGCCAUCUCAAACCCCACACCCUGAGAACCCCUACCUGGACUCUCCCAGUGUCCCCGAAACCCUGACUGACCACAGCCCCUCAGAGCCCACUUCAGAAACCCCGGAAACAGAGCGCAUUCCCAGACCCCUCAGUCCCACCAAACUGCUGCCCUUCAUCUCCAACCCGUACCGCCACCAGAGCGACCUGGACCUGGAGGCGCUUCGGAAGAAACUCUACAAUGCACCACGGCCCCUGAAGAAACGCAGCUCCAUCACAGAGCCUGAGGGCCCCGGAGGCCCCAACAUCCAAAAACUGCUGUAUCAGAAGACCACUCUGGCGGCGAUGGAGACGGUGAGUCCUCCUGGAGAAGAGGAGAAGGAGACACUAGCAGAACCACAGGAAUACGAUGCAGAAACCCUUGAAGUGCCUGAAGAAACACUUCCUGAAUUUCCUAUCGCUCCUGAAGUGGAAGCAGAAGACGUUCCUCCGCCACCACCUCCUCAUCCGGCCCCGAAAAUUGAUGCAUCCAUUAUUAUCCCACCGCCACAGCCGGAGAGCCCUCCACCUCCACCGCCUCCUGACAGCUUCAUGGAGGAUUUCCCACCGUAUCCUCCACCUCCAUAUCCCAGCGGUGCUGAGCAGGACAAUCCAGACGACACCUUCAACAUGAAGCCGCCAGAGGUCACCGGACAGGUUCCCUUCCCACCUGGCAAGAGGACAAACCUGCGUAAAUCUGGAUCUGAGCGCAUCGAUCACAGCAUGCGGGUGCGCUUCAAUCCCCUGGCUCUCCUACUGGACUCGUCGCUGGAGGGAGAGUUUGAUCUGGUGCAGAGGGUCAUAUAUGAGGUUGAGGAUCCGAGUCAGCCGAAUGACGAAGGCAUCACUGCGCUCCAUAAUGCAGUGUGUGCUGGUCACACAGAGAUCGUCAAAUUCCUGGUUCAGUUUGGAGUCAAUGUGAACGCAGCCGACAGUGACGGAUGGACUCCUCUGCACUGCGCCGCGUCCUGUAAUAAUGUGCAGGUGUGUAAGUUCCUGGUGGAGUCUGGAGCGGCGGUGUUCGCCAUGACCUACAGCGACAUGCAGACGGCAGCCGAUAAGUGUGAAGAGAUGGAGGAGGGAUACACUCAGUGCUCGCAGUUUCUCUACGGCGUACAGGAGAAGAUGGGCAUCAUGAACCGCGGUGUGGUGUACGGGCUGUGGGAUUACGAGGCGGCGCAGGAGGACGAGUGCUCAUUCAGAGAGGGCGACUGCAUGAGUGUGAUCCGCCGAGAGGAUGAGCUGGAGACCGACUGGUGGUGGGUGCGCAGCGGCGGCGGAGGAGGCAGUGGUGCGGAGGGAUACGUGCCCAGAAACCUGCUUGGGCUGUAUCCCAGAAUUAAACUUCGCCAACGGAGUCUGGCUUAAGUGAACAAACACACACAUUACACACACGCACAACGACCAGCUGAUCAACACCACUAGUUAAAGACGCCUGUUUUUAUAUUCGAUGUUACACUGAUGUUUUUCUGUCUCUUAUUUUAUUUUUUAACCCUUGUGUGCUGUUCAGAUUGACUCCCCUUUGGUGAUGUUGGUGCUGUUUUUGCCUCAUUGGCUUCCAUUAUAAUCACAUUUAUUGAUUGCAAAGCCAUGACAGCAGAUAAUCAUGCGUUCUUCACUGCUGCUGGUUUUCCUUUUGGGAUUCAGAUGGACAGUGUGUCAUUUUUACUGUUGAUCAUCAGUUGUCAGUGUUAACCCUUUAGAUCAGUCGUUCUUAAAGUAUUUUCACCAAGUAACACCUCAGAAAAAAUUGUCUCUCCAAAUACCACAAUAAUGAACAGUAUUAAAACACAGUAGCGUAUCAGGCCUAAUUAAGCUGCACAGUUAAAAAACGAGGCAGAUUAAUUCCUAUUAUUAUGAAUAUUUAUUAUUGUCAGCCACUUUAAACAUUAUUAAUAGUUUGAACUUUAACACUACACUGUGCUUACAGGUAAAUAAAUAAAUAUGUAAAUAAAUAAAUAAAUAAUGUUUAAUGUUUAAAUUAAAAUGUGCUUCUAAAAAUAAUUUUAAAAAUGUCAAAAUCAAAACCUGCAAAUGUUCCUCAGACUUCAUACAUAUCGGCUAUAUGUCAUCAUAUUCAUAUAUAAAUUCUUUGAUAAAUGUUUAAAUAUAUGAUGCAUGUAUAUAUGACUUAUUUGCAUAUCUUUGAAAUCUAAACAUUAACUUAUAUUAUAUAUAUAUAU